AUGGCAGGCGCCGACGCCUGCGCAGGACAACCACGACGACGACGAGAUGACGAGGAGGACUACAGCGAGGCGCUCGCGUACCACAACGAGGAGGCCAAGAACGACAGCGAUGACUACGUCGCGUGCAUUUUCCAAGAAUGGAAGUUGGCCAAGGCAGAGGGCCAGAAGUUUGAGUUCUCGGACAACAUGAUGGACGACGAGAUCGCGAGGCUCGGCCUCCUCGUCUCCGAGGUGGACCGACCUGUGCAGCCGCCGCUGACCCGGUACGCCACCGGCAUCAUGCCGCCGGGCCUCUCGGAGGAAGAAGCCCUACGACUGGCACUACAGGAUUCGGCCACACCACCGGUUCAACCGCCGCCUCCACCUCCGCCCUACAACCCGUGGGGGCCUCCGCCACAGGCCUGGGCUCCUCCACCCCCGCCACAGGCAUGGGCUCCUCCACCACCGCCACAGGCAUGGGCUCCUCCGCCUCCAGCACCGCCGGUGCGCCCGGCGUAUGUUUCGCCGGUUCCCAACUGGCCGUGGGUGGUACCGGAGCUCGUCGUGCUCGAUAGCGACGAGGAGAACCAGUAG